AUGUCGAAGUUGAAAAUGCUGAGGAACGUCUGUUUUGCUUGUUUCGCGUUGGUUGGAGUGUUACAAUUGAGACAGAAUUAUGCUACAAGUGAUGAGAUUGUUCACAGUCGAGCAGAACGGUCGGCCAUCUACAUGCAGGAGAUCACAGAGAUUCAGCAAGUACGGAUACGGUAGGUUUUACUGCUUCAACUAUAGUGUUAUGUUUUUAUGAAUUUGUUACCUAAAAUUUGUGUUUGGUUUGAGAUAAGAUUGGUGCUUUAUAUUGAAAUUGCGUAUUCUCUCAUCUUUUUGAUAUGAGCUAAAUUGAAUUUAUUUUAGAACGAUGCCUAACGAUGAAUAUUGUGUAGCAGCAAACAUUAUCCAAGGCAAAAUCAAUGAAACUGACAGGAUCACGUUGAUUUUACACAUGUCAAGUGACAGAUUGAACACCAAAAAGUUGGCUGAACAUGUAACUUGCUCUUUUUUAUAUGCUGUACUACUAUUUGCUUUUACUUUACAUGCUACUGUUUUUACAUGGUGUUACGUUAGUUUUGAAAUUUUAUUAAAAAUUUAUUUAUGUUAUUUCAGGCCAAAAACUGGGACGGACCAAUCUCUAUAGCUGUGGUAUUUCCUGAGGAAACUCAACUAAACAGUAGUUACGUUAACUGUGCGAUUAGCAAGGUAAUUUUAUUAUUAAAUAAGCUUUAGGGUAUUUUUAAAUGUUACAAACGAUAAAUUUAUAAUGUUUUCUGAGAGUUGUUACCUAAAAUUUAGUUACAAAGGCUGGCAUUAAUGGACAAAGAUGUGUCGGAAAAGCUGAGCGUUCAUUUCAUUGUGAAGGGCGUGACAUGUGAAGACUUUGUUUUACGAAACUUCACAAUUGGUCAUCAGUACGAUAGAUGCGCGAUUAUGAGGCCCAAACUUUCUGACAAUCAACAAAUAAAGCGAAUGGUGGAAUAUCCAGUGAAUAAGGCUAGAAAUGUGGCCAGAAAGGUGGGUUUUGGUAGAAAGCUUUAGUGUUUUUAAGAACUUUUAGAUGAUUUACUGUAUUACAGUAUCAAAAAAAGUUUCAUAAAAAAUAGUUUUUUUAAAAUUUACUGGAACUAUUACUUUAGUUUGUCUCGACAGACUACAUUCUCUCAGCAGAUAUGGAUCACUUUUUCUCCAAAGACUUUGAACUCAAAAUGAGAACUUUGGCCAAAAGAGUGCUGUCCGAAAGUCCCAAGGCUGUAUUGGUGUAUCGAAUAUUCGAAGUGUCAGAUCAAGCCAAAACCCAGCCUAAGACAAAAGAGGAUCUUCACAGGUUGUUCUUGAGUUACAAUGCUCAAGAGUUCCACAAGUACUAUGGUGCUCACAACAUUCCCAAACUCUACGAAUGGUUUAUGAAACCAGAGAAGGAUGAGGUCGGGAUACAGUUCUACAAACCGUACGUUUAUACUCUUAUAUUGAUAAAAAGAGUAUAGAGGAUGAGGGAAGGGGUUUUGACUUGUGUAAUAGAUCGUUUUUUCGGUCAGUGCGUUUGUAAUUUUUUUUGAAGGAAAGGGUUUCAAGUGAACUUUUUUUUAAAAUAUUUGUUAACUUUUAGAGCAUGGUUAAUAUUUUUAACUUUUUGAAAAUUUUUGGGGCUUUUAUUUUAAACUUUUGUCAUUGUUUAUUUUUUAGGUACACGAAUCCAGCUUGGGAGCCUCAGUUUGUAUCUUCGACCAACAUUCCACUUCACGAUGAGACCUUUCUUUAUCCUUUGAGAGAUAACACUGUGCUGGUAAGGGUUCUAAACUUUGUUUGUUAGAAUUUGAGUUAGAAUUAACAAACAGCAAUAUCUGGGUAAUAUCUUAUCUUUAUGACUUUAGAGGUGGGAAAUGUGUCGCGCCGGCUAUAAGUUUGCCAUCGUGGAAGACGUGUUCAUGUACCAUUUGGGCUACAAAGAGCCCGGAGAACUGAAACUCACAAAUCAAGCACGUGACACGAUAAGGAAGCCGUUCUGGCAUGUUCUGAAGUCUUUCAUCUCCAGAAUGAACAAACAAUACCCAACGACCAAACACAAGUGUCCUAACUUUGACAAGUAGUCAGUUUCUUUUACAUUAACUUUACUGACUUGAGUCGUAUCUUUUGGUCAUAUUUUCAAAAUUUUGUUUUUUUUUUUGAAGUUUUCUUUCUUAUACCAUACUAUAGUUAAUAUUUUAGAUUCUACUUUAAAAUUCAAAUCUUUUUUUCACUUUAAAACUAUCUUUAGCUUUACCAUAUUAUCCUUAUAGUACAACUAAUUACUCGGUUUUAGCUUGAAAGAAUUUUAA